AUGCCGCCGGACAGCAGCGACUCCGUGGCCGCGGACAGACGCAUGGAUCUGGCGUCGUUCUUCUGCCUGAUCGCCCGCCACGGUCCGGCCGUGGUUCUGGCUGUGAUAGCGGGAGGUUUCCUGCUGCUGGUCUUCAUCCUCUACAGAUCCGUGAGAGAGAGGCGGAGGAAGGCCACGAGCACCGCAGCCGCAGAGAGGGACGGGACAGACGGGAGCCACGGGGGGGAGACGCACGAGAAGCGGAUACGAACCGAGCCGAGGCCGAGGGAACCAGAGAGAGAGCGCGAUGUGAACAGCGACGCUUGGUCCAACGUUGAGGAGGAAUCAGACCGGUUCGUGCUCAGGCACCGCGCUGCUGCUGCUGCUGAGAAGAAACCUCCUCUUCCUCCUCCUCCUCCUCCUCCUCAGAGUGACCUCAGCACAACUGAGCACCAGAAAACCCCCCCAGAACCAGUACCUCCCAGGAGCCACGGAGAAGAGUCCGAACCCAAACCUCAGCCGGACUCUCCCCAGAGGAGACGUGACGAAGACCAGGUCCACGAUGAUGACAGGAAGAGGAAGAAGAAGGAGGUGAAGAAGGUGAAGAAAGAGAAAGUUGUGAAGAACAAGACGGUGACCAGAGAUGACGACACAGAAAGAAAAAGUCAGAGGGCGGGAAGUCGUGUGGACUUCAACCAAACAGACGACCGUGACCACCGCAGGGUCUUCACACCAGAAGAGCAGAAGACUGACCAACGUGAAACAGAGAAGUUUGUGGACCAGCAGUUGGACCAGGUGUCGUCGUCCUCUCAGCAGGACCAGUGUGAACCACUGACAGUCUGUGACACGAAGCAACUUUUGGUUGACGUAAACGAUCAUAAUGUCACGAUCCAGACGGACCCGGUGGAGGAGAAGACAACAGUCAACAGUUUGGGCGCUGAACUACGGCGGAUCCUGAAAAGUUCUGAGGACUCUGUAGAGGUGGAACAUCUGGAGGUAGCUCAGGAAACGUCAGAGGUUGAUGGUUUCUCCGACUUGUCAGUGAAUCUUCAGUCAACAGACAUCGAUGAGAAAGAAACGUCCUCAUCUUUGGAAAAAGAUCUUCCAACAUCUGACUUGGACUUGACAUCUACUGAGGUUGAACUUCAGUGUGUGGACCAUGAAGCUGCUUUAGGAAAUAGAACCAACCUUCAUGCACCACCUUCUUCUGAAGAUCAACCCAGAGGCCUGAUGGGAAAUGGUGAAGGAGUUGCUCCAAGUGUUAGUGUUGUUGUUGAGGCUGGAUGUGAAGAACGACCAGAGGAACAUGAAGAACAACAGCUUCUUCAGGUUCCUCAAAAACCCGUGGAGCAGGACCAGCAGGACCAGGUGACAUCACCAGUUUGGGAUGACGACGGUGAGGAACACGGUGAAGAAGUGACUGGAAAAGAAACGAGUGACCGACUGGAACGUCAGGUGGAACCAAAGGUUGAGAAGAAAGAGGAAGAGAUGACGCCAACGACCACUGACCCAAACACCAGUUAUUCCACUCUGAGUAAUGUAAACCAGGCACGGAGUGUGGACCGAGAGGGACAAGACAAGGAAAUUGUUGCAUCUUUGGAUAAAGACACAAAAGAAAGUACCGAUGCCGACCUCGAUCUACCAACAUCCUUCGAAGACCAACCAACUGAACAAGUAGUGAAGGACACAGUUACACAAAAAACAGGAAGGAAGAACGUGAGCGCAGCUUCACCUGGAGUUAUUUCUCACCCUGAAAAUUUAACUUUAUUUCAACAUCCUUCUGUCGUGACUGAGAACCUUAACCCGUCCAUUUUCCCGGGUCAGAUAUCGCCUUUGGAGCACGUGGACGUCACAGAUGACGACAUAGACAUCGCGUCGUCUCCUGGUGUUGAAGUCGAAAGCGGGAUUUCAAGCAUGACCGUCAGUCCUGAUCUGCCCGACGCUGCAAAUGACUUCGGAAGAAUUGUUGAAGAAACAGUGACUGAGGCUCCACACAACCUCUAUGCAGAUGAUGUCGCUGUUUCCAUCUUCACUGAAGCAACCGCCGAAAUGAUGUUCCGUCACAGAGACUUCACCACGUUUACAGUCAACGAGGACGUGUUCGGCCACCAGGUGGAGGACAGAUACCACGCAGCGCUGGAAGAGUUCAUGAUGCAAGUCACAACAAAGAGUUUGAGCUCAGCCGACGAGUCGAAAACAGAUCUAAGAGGUGUCGUCGAGGUCGUGGAGGAGAAGAAGAAGGAAGUGGUGAGAUUAACGAAGAAAAACGAAGCAGACGCAGGAAAUGAGACCGAGGAGUUGUACGAAAAAACUGAAAUCAGUAUCAUGGAAGCCACGAUGGACAAUAACGAGUGGAUCACAGAUGCUAACGUCCACGUUCACCCCUGGAUGAACCUCUCUGUCCAGUCGUUCGCUCAAGACAUCACAAAAGCGGACCAGCUUCGUGCUGAUGUCGAGCAGCUAAGCUCUUCACGCCCUGGUAUCGACUCUGGACCUUCCACUGAACCCAAACAAACCGGUGCUGUUCCUGUUGUUGAUGAAAACACAGAAGUUAACAAAAAGGUCCUGGCCGUUCAGCCCAUGCCGCAGAAUGUGAACGUGACCUUCCGGGUCCAUUACCUCACCGACUCGCUGUACCAGAUGGUCGCCGUCACAGGGAACCAGCAGGAGCUCGGAAACUGGAAGGACUACAUCCUGCUGGAGGAGGACAAGGACGGACACUGGGCCACGGUGGUCAGCCUGCCCGCUGAGAGCCACGUGGAGUGGAAGUUUGUGGUGGUGGACAAGGGGCAGGUGUGUCGCUGGGAGGAAUGUCGUAAUCGACUCCUGUACACGGGCUACGGAGACGAUCUGACCGUCCACAAACUGUGGGGACUGUUGUAGGAAAACGGAGGUAAAAACGGACGUUUCCUUUUUUGCCAAAGUAAAUGAGUAAAGAUUCACACGACUGGUCCGCUAGCAAGAUUACAGGGGAAUCGCAAUUUGUUUAAGGUUUUAUAGUCUUAAUUUUAACUUGUAUGCUAACAGCAAAAUAACUUCAAAAUCAAUCAUUUCAGCAUUUAUAUUUGGUGGAGUUUUUUUUUUUCUUUUAAUGCUAAGUAAAAACGCAAUUGUGGGUGUGUAAAAGGUCAGAAAUGGAGCUGGGCCUGUGAUUGGAUGUUCUGGACAUGAGUAUUAUUUACGUCUGUACUUACUUGAAUGAACUGCAGUAUUACUGCAGUACUACUUUAGUCGAUUGGUUCUAACUGGAUGAGUCCAAUAAAAGGUCUGUAUUUGAUUGA